AUGUCAUCGCUGUCUAUGCCGAAGCGUUUUUGGCUUGGGGCUAGGAACAGGAUGGAGUGCGAGGUCUGUGUGGUAGGCUUGGGUGUGUCCUCGCUGCCUUUGCUGAAGCUGCUGCAGCAGUCGAGUACCGACUUCCGCGUCGUCAGCAGCACUGCUUUCGGUAUUUGGGAAAAGCUGACGGCGGCGGGCGAGAACUUUGACUUGGUCACCACCAUCGAGUCCACGAACUACAGCUGGUGGGAUUAUGACUACGACUUUCCCUUCUACACGGCUCGUGGGUAUCACGACAAGCUGCUGGCUGAGCUGACCCCCGAUCUGAUGGACCGUUGGGUUCGUAAGGAUGUGACUCAAGUGGACGAGACAGGAGGCCGUUAUCGCGUCUGGAGUGGUGAUGAGCUUCUUCUCACAUGCUCGAAGCUGGUCCACGCCAUCGGGUUUGCACCAGACAAGAACAUCUUCUCGAACUUGUCCUGCAUCGCCAAUGCUGGUCGGCAGGGCGGCAAGCACUUCUUGAUCUUCGGUUUCAGUGACACCACCAACCUCUACAUCUCCCGACUGAUCCAUGCCGGGCACCGGGUUACUUUGGCCUGCAGGCACUUUCAUGUGGUGGACAAGAUCGGGAGUACUCAUGGCAACGUUGGCGGCCCCUUUGACCAGUACGAGCCGAUGCAGCACUGGACAGGCAGCGGCACAGUGCCCAAUGUCACGGGCAUCCUCGUCCCUUUGCCCAUCCAGGGAGCCAGGACAGGUAGCCCCAUGUGGAUGGCUGGGCAGAUCACCUCCUAUGUCGCGGAGCUGGUUGGGUUGCAGGACGUCGUUGACCUCCGACAGUUCGAUACGGAGUACCAAGAAGCAGGACGCGGCCUGGUGAACCCUGCGAACGUGGACGUUCCCGGUGGGUUGGGAUAUUUGGUGAAGCAGUGGCCGGUGGAUGAGUAUGCCCGUUUCUACGACGACGACAGGUACCGUGACUGGAUGCUGAAGGAGGGAGUGUACCUCAACGACAUCUAUUUCUUCAUCCAGCAGGGGCUAGUGUCUCUUCAUCCCCGAAGCGACGUGGAGCACAUCGCAGAGAAGCGCUACCGCGUACGGGGCGAGGAGGUGGAGUUCGACGAGGUUCUGAACUGCGACGAGGCGAAGCACAAGACCCUGAGCAUGCCUUUCUGCCCAAACUACUCCUAUACGGACCACCUCUUCGGAAUCUGGAGCAGGAAGCAUCCGAAUCUGUAUUUCUUGGGGACCACACGGCCUUACACUGGAGCCUUUGGAUGCAUCGCCGAGGUCAACGCGAUGUUCGUUCAUCGCAUGAUCACUGAGAGCAAAUUUCAUGGCCAACUGGUCCGGCAGUUUCCGGGUCUGAUGCACAGCCAGCGGGUGAGCCACUACGUUCAAGCCACUGAGCCGGACAAGAUGCACGUCCACUGGGCUGGGAUGCACUGCUUGUGGCUCUCACGCGUCCUUGGCUGCGACAUCACCUUCUCCGAAGCCUUCAACCGGGGCAUGGUGUUGGAGUGGAUGACGGGCCCUAUCAAUGCCUUGCGCUGCCGUAUCUGCGGGCCCUACGCGGUUCCCGGCGCCUGCGACAAGUACAAGGCCUCUUGCCAGAAGAUUGGGACAAGUUACAUGUUCUUGAACAUGAUCUAUCGAACCUGGGGAGAUCGCCUU